AUGGUGCAAACGUACCAGCCGCACAUGAUGGACGUCAACGAGGACACUCUGCCAGAGCUGCAACCAAUCUUCACCUUCCUAAACAGCCAUACCAACAAGCUGUACCAGGAAGGUUAUUUCCUGAAGUUGGACGACCAAGAUAUCAAGGGGAAGCCGAACCCGGAUCGAACAUGGACCGAGUGCUUCGCGCAGCUAGUCGGCACCGUUCUCUCCCUUUGGGACGCCGCUGAGCUGGACGCCGCUGGAGAAGACGGAGAAGUGCUGCCCAAGUUUAUCAACCUUACAGAUGCAUCGAUUAAAAUGAUUGAAUCGCUUCCGACGCGGACAAACGAUGAGCAGCCUCUGCAGCAUAUCCUCAGUAUCAGCACGGCUGGGCGUAAUCGGUACCUGCUCCAUUUUAACUCGCACCACUCGUUAAUACAGUGGACAGCGGGAAUACGACUGGCUAUGUUCGAGCACCUGACACUUCAGGAAGCAUACACAGGCGCUCUGAUUGCAGGAAAGGGCAAAACCCUCAAUAGCAUCAAUGUCAUCAUGGAGCGCGCCAGAAUCCCGGUCCAGGAAUGGGUCCGCGUAAGGUUCGGAGCCGGUGUGCCCUGGAGAAGAUGCUGGUGUGUCAUCGAGCCCCCAAGCGAGAAAGAGUAUCAGAAGGCCCAGAAGGACUUCAAGAAGCGGUCACCUUAUGACCGCUCUCACGCCCCUAUAUUAAAGGGCCAAAUCAAAUUCUACGACACGAGGAAAGAUGCCGAAAAGAAGAAGAAGCACUCGCGUCCGAUCGCGUCCAUCACCGACUCGUACUCGGCAUAUGCCAUUUACCCGCAGUCGAAGGCCCUCAUUGAUAGCUCGACGCUGCUGAAAAUCGAAGGCAGCAUUACGAUACACUCGGACCCACCUUCGGCUACGGAGGGCUUCGUGUUUAUUAUGCCGGAGACUCAUCCAAUGGUGUCUGGAUUUGAGAUGCUCCUUCGGUUUAUGUUCCCUACCUGGGAUACGUUUGGUCUGUAUGGCCGCCCCGGCCGUCUAGUUGCCAGCGUCCUUGACCCUCGCUCCUUGAUGUUCGGCAUGCCAAAGCACAAGAGAUAUGGUUAUCUUGAGCUUUUGGACGUGAGCGGUUUGAUUUUGACCGAGGGGAGCGCAUCAUGGUCAGAGCAAGAGUGGAGAAAAAAACUGAAAGAGUUGACAGGGCGCCGCAUGACAGCGAUGGAGGAGGGAUCACGGAGUCAGAGCCGGAGCGCAAGCCGCAAUAGCAAACGGCUGAGCUUUGGGACCCCAGCUUCGGCGGUUGGAAAGCCGCGUGUUGGCUUUGCAGAGGACGGCGGCUCUGUCAGAUCCUCCCGGUCCUUGUCUUUGUCCAAGCCAGGUCCCCGAACCGAUUCGGCCCCUCCCGACCCCAGCCGAGAACUGUCUACAAUGGAGGGUCACUCUCGCCACUCGCGCAACAUCUCUGACAGCCAGCUUGCCGAAGUAUUGAUCUCCCACGGCUUGGAAGGCCCUCCAGAAGCCCAGCCGUCCGCACCGCGGGGCUCCGACCGUGCCAAGACAUUUGCCAGCGACUUGGCAUCGACGCCUGAGCGGGUCAGCUCCGAAGAUGAGAGGCCGGUACGAUGCAUGGCAGUUGUCGAUAACCUUGAGGUGCAGCGCAUGCAAACGCCAGAACCUGUCAAUCCGCCCCCUGCAUUUGCGCACAGCGCAGGGGCCCAACCGCAGCAGAAGCCAUACCACUCUCCUGAGAUGCGCAGAGCAAACAGUCGCCUGUCGAGCACAACAUUGUCUCAACUGGCCAAAGCUGGCGGCCUGACCUCGGACAUGUUCUCAGACGAGCCUGAAGAUGGCGCAGAGCAAUCAGACCCGCGCGGUCCAGCGGUACAGCCACAAGCCAGCGCCGACCCCGUUGGAAUGAAUGCUAAUUUCAAUGGAUCUCGUGAAGCUCUGACGCCGCCGACCAACACGUUCCCCCCCCUCAACUCACCGGUCCUUCCUCCGCCGCAUAUGAUGCCCGCCCAACAACGGUCCAACUCCCCGCUUGUAGGCCAUCCAUCAGGUCCAAGCGGCCCGCCGGACGGUUAUUCCCCGUAUCAGCAGAGAGGACCACCCGGUCCUCGCCGCACACCUCCCCCUAACCAAGGCAUGGCGCGCCCGCCGCCUCAUAUGCAGGGGCCGGUCUCGCCCGUCCACAGAAAGCCCCUUCCUCAGAGAACGACAAGUUUGCAACGCCCCACAGACAACCCAGUGUCCCCGAUCUUUCCACAGCCUGUCAGCGGCAUCGGGGGCUUUCCGCAGCAGGGUUUUGCUGGCAACGAACAGGCUCGGUUUCGCCCGUCUGAGAACGCUGCUUUACCACCAAUCCCACCCCGCCACCCUACUCGUCAAAACAGUGAGAGAAGCGCGGCCAGCAGCAAUUACGACGACGCUUCUUCUACGGCGAGUCCUGACUACGCAAGCACACGUCGGUCUACCGACACCCAAGAAUCUGUGGACCGCCCCCGCGCUGGCGUCUUGAAGACGGUGGGAGACGAUUCCGGGCCAUCGGAUGACUCCAAAUCCGACUACAAUAUUCCAGACAUCAAUUUCGGACGUACCAUUAACUAUGGUGCCGCAAAUAUACCCGCGAACAAGGUUCCUGGCCUAACAAAUGCCACUGCUAACGUUGCUCAGUCACAGCAGCCCGGCGUUUUAUCGCCAGGGCGGAAGUCUCCCGGACCUGGACCUGCAUAUUCCCAUUAUCGCCAGGAGUCGGAUGAUACCAUCCGUCGCACUGUCCCAUGGCAGCCUGGCGCCACCAUCGGCUCGGCAUCGACCGAUAACGUUGUUUCACCUGAACAAUUUGUGCAGCAACGCGCAGCCGCUGCCACAGCUCCCUUGUUUUCACAUCAGCGCACCCCGUCGGCCAACACAUUGACCGACUUCAGGUCCGGAACUCCGAGCUCGCCUCCAAAACGACCUGGAAGUCAGUCGCAUUCUCGACACAACUCUGCCGACCUACUCCAGUCUGGGCGUCCCAGCAGCCAAGGUACAAUGGCUGCUCUGUCUAGCGGGGAAGCAUCGUCUUAUUUGUCUGCUCGUGAACAAGAGCAUGUUGCGCGCGUCACGGGAAGCCCGCUGAUUGCUUUCAGCGGGAACAAGGGUCCCGGACAACCGCAAGCAGGUCUUGUUGGUGCGAUUGAAGCCAGGGAGCGCGAGAAAGCCCAGAUGAGGCAAGGUAUUGGCGGCCAAGCAGUGGCGCAGGCUAUUGACCAGAGGCAACGGGAGCAAAACCAACAAGCGCAGCGAGCCGCGCAGGUAGCAUAUGCCCAGCAAGCCCAAUAUGUUGCGCAGCAAGGCUAUGCCGGCCCGCAGAUGCCGAUACCUAUGGGCAUGAUGAGCGGCGGAGCUCCUUCGGUAUACGCGAUGAGCAGUAUGAGCCCACAUGCCACGGGUCCGGGCUCUGUGAUGAUGAACGGCGGCAUGAGCCCAGCGCGGCCGGCUUUUCAGCCAGGACCCGGUUAUGGCUCUCCACAGCAGCGCCCGCAGAUGAUGAGUCCGCAAGGGCCAUACAGCAAUACCCCUCCAGUCGCACAAGCUGGAGGAUGGAGCAAGCCCUAUGUGCAGCAAUCCCGGCCCCCGCCAUUGGCAUCUCCACCGAUUAUGGGUUCGCCGAGUAUGAACAUGAAUGGGCAGCCGCAGGCGGUAGGAUUUCAACCUCCACCACAGGGGCAGUUCACACCCACCGGGAGACCAGGGACGCCAGGGACGCCAGGGACGCCAGGUCGUGUGCAAUUCCAAGGCCAGGCUUUCUAG